AUGUCCUCAAGCGAUAAGGUCAUGGCGGACGCCUCUUCCAUCCCAGACUCCGAGGUUAAAACAAUAGCGUCGUCCUCGGUCGUCGAGAUCUCUGCUGCAGGCGAGAAGGAGAUACCGACUGAUAUUCAUGUCGCGGAAACGCCAAUGUCCUCAGAUGACCAGGCCAAUAUGGAAGAGCAAGGCGAAGAAGUUAAGCCUCAGAAAGUGACGCCCAAUCCAGAGGUGGUUAAUCCCCGCGGUUACCAGCGAGAGAUGCUGGAACAAAGCAUCAAAAGGAAUGUCAUCGUUGCAAUGGACACGGGAAGUGGUAAAACUCAAGUGGCCGUGAUGCGCAUCCAACAUGAACUCGAUACAUGUGCACCAGACAAGAUCGUCUGGUUCUUAGGCAAGACAGUAUCACUGUGCGAACAGCAAUACAGCGUCGUCCAAAGGCAAAUGCCGUCGGUAUCGAUGAAACUGCUAACGGGGCAAUUGAACAUCGAUGCAUGGUCCGAGGACGUCUGGCCCCGUAUCCUUAAUGGGACUCGUAUCAUUGUCUCGACCUUUGACAUCCUGCGAGAUGCUUUGGACCAUGCAUUUGUCAAGAUGAACAUGCUGUCCCUUAUCGUCUUCGACGAAGUUCACAAUUGUGUAAAGAACAGCUCUGGUCGAAAGAUCAUGGUGAAUUUCUAUCACGAACACAAGAACGCCGGGAUGCCCGUGCCUGCUAUUCUGGGUCUAACAGCCAGCCCGAUCCAGUCAAAGUCAAACCACGACGAAAUCCUUGAGCUCGAGGUCACCAUGGAUUCCGUAUGCAUCACUCCAACAAUUAACCGGAAAGAACUCCUCCAGCACGUCAACAAGCCCAAUCUUUCCCGAGUAUUGUAUGAUGUGGAAGAGCAUCCGACUCGAACCCCCCUAAUGCAGACUCUGCAGUCUGAGUACUCGGCGAUGGACAUCACUCAGGACCCAAGUAUUAUAAAGACCAAACAACUUAUCGCUAAGGGCGAGAAGACUGGACCUGAAAUACUAAGUUUGUUGAUGAAACAUGGGACCUUCUCUCAGAAACAACUAAAGUCAUUGUGGAAUAAAAGCAAAGACAUUCUUGAUGAACUCGGGCCUUGGGCUGCUGACAAGUACAUCUCCGAGUUGGUCAGUCUGUUUCUCAAGAGAUUCGACUCGCCAAUGACGUUCAACGAGUCCUGGAGCAAUGAGGAUAGGACCUACCUCGCAGGUCAUUUGAGACAGAUCGCUGCCAGUCCCCAUCAGCCCAAACUACCGGACAGACACAACUUGGCCGACAAGACGAAUAAACUAAUCCAAGAACUACUUGCAGCGGAUGAAGACGUGGUCGGCAUUAUAUUCGUCAGAUCAAGGGCCGCUGCCAACGUUCUUUGUGCUAUUUUGAGGGAGCACCCCGAGAUUCGACAGCGGUAUCGGGUCGGCUCCGUAGUAGGAUCCGCAGCCAACAAGAUUCGAAAGCAAAACAUCUACGAGUAUCUGCCCGGCGCGACUGCCGACACAUUACGCGAUUUCAAAACAGGCGCCAUCAACCUUUUGGUCUCGACUAGUGUUCUUGAAGAGGGUAUUGAUGUCGCAGUGUGCAACCUCGUCAUAUGUUUCGAUGAGACAACGACACUCAAGUCCCAUAUCCAACGCCGCGGACGAGCUCGCAAACAAAAGUCAAAGAUGAUCGUACUUGCUAGAUCUACAUCCGACGCUCGGGAAUGGGAUUCUCUAGAAAGAGACAUGAAGAGUCGUUAUGAGCAGGAAAGGGAAGAGUUGGACACGUUGGAGAUAGAGGCUCGCACUGAAGCGACGUCCCAUUUUGCUUAUACUGUGAAAAAGUCAGGGGCUAGAUUGGACCUCGAGAAUUCUCGUCAGCAUCUCGAACAUUUCUGUAACAAGGUUUUCCACCGAGAUUACGUGGAUCAGAGACCUGUCUACAUUUUCCACAAGACCGAACUGGGAUCAGCACCGCCGACUUUCAGCGCAACGGUGACUCUUCCCUCCGGUCUACCUAAGCACCUCCGAAGGUGCCAAGGCAGAGGUGGAUGGAGAUCAGAAAAGAAUGCGAUGAAGGAAGCGGCUUUUCAUGCAUUCGUCAUUCUGCACCAAGAAGGUUUGGUUAGCGACCACCUUCUUCCCCUGAAUGCAGAUUCGAAAGAAGCAGAAGAAGAAGUGCAGCUAACUGCGCCUGAGCUUCUAUUUGACCCGUGGAAAGACAUUGCGCAGCGGUGGGAGACCACAGCUGAGAAGUGGCUCUAUGCUUACGAGUUCUCCGACCACGAGUAUGUGACUCCUCUUCAUUUCGAGAUUGCCUUGCCUGUGUGUCUUCCGCGACCCCGCGACAUCACUUUUCAUCCUGAAGAGGGACUUACAUGGCAUGUCAAAUGUACCUCAGUCAAGAGAAUCUCCAACGAGGAAUGCUUGGGCUUGCCAGAUCAUACGUCAACCCUAUUGGCGAUGCAUUAUAGCCACCGCUGGAACGUGGAAGAUCGUGACCAUGUGAUCAAAUUCAUAUAUGAGAACAAGAAUCUCACCCGGGAUAAAAUUGGAUCGGUACCCUUCGGCGAAAGCAUUGAUGCUCUAUUGGAAAAGAGAGUCCUGGUUCGGGACCCCAAAAAUACUCCCUUCCACUACGUCAAAACGAUCCCAUCAAAGCCUCCGAAAGAGCAAGUUCAGCACCCAUUUAAUGAAUACGAGGAAGCGCCAGAGGAAGAGUAUCUAGUCGUGGAGCAAUGGACACGCAGGUCGGACCUGUUGCAUGAGAUAAAACCCGGUCAGGUGAGGAGCUCUUGCGCCAAGCCCUACCGCUGGGUUCUCCCCAUUUCCAGAGCGACCGUUGAUGAGGUUCCUCGCCGUGCCGCUAAGUGCGGCAUGCUUAUUCCUUCCAUCAUUCACGAAUUGGAGGUUCAGCUCAUCGCGAAUGAACUGUCCUCGACACUUUUGGCGCCAGUUGGUAUCACAGAUCUACAGUUGGUGAUCGAAGCCAUCAGCUCGCGUAGCGCUGCAGAGCCUGUUGACUAUGAACGUAUUGAAUUUUUGGGCGAUUCGGUUUUGAAGUAUUGCACUGUUAUUCAAGCCUACUCUGAACAUCCCUUUUGGCCCGAAGGUCUACUCAACCAUUUCAAAGAUCGACUUGUCUCCAAUACCCGAUUAACUCGCAUGUGCCUCGAGACAGGCCUUUCCAAGUUCAUUUUUUCCAAAACAUUUACCGGAAUCAAAUGGAGACCACUAUAUCGAGACGAGUUCUUGGAUAAGAAGCCAGUCGAUGGCGUAUCAAGGUUUAUUGGCCCAAAGACUCUUGCUGAUGUGGUCGAGGCACUUGUUGGAGCUUCCUACCAGGAUGGAGGAAUCAGCAAAGCUCUGGAGUGCAUCAAGAUUUUCUUGGGCACCAAGUGCAACUGGCACGAUGACAAAGUCGCCAGAUGCAUACUCUUCCGAGCAGCAACUAGUGACGUACCAUUGCCCCCCACGAUGGAGCCUUUGGAAGAGCUCAUCGGGUACACAUUUGAGAAGAAGUCUCUACUCAUUGAGGCAAUGACUCACGGGUCGUAUGCGGCUGAUGGGCAGCAGCGUUCUUACGAACAACUCGAGUUUCUUGGAGAUGCGGUUCUUGACUACAUUGUCGUAACCCGGAUGUUCCAAUCCGACCCGCCAGUGCCCAAUGGACGCUUGCACAUGGUCAAGACCGCCAUGGCCAACGCUGAUUUCCUUGCCUUUACAAACAUGCAACAUGGGCUACGCCGACCCGAAGUUGCGAUCAAUGACGAUGGCGAACCAGUGUCUACAGAAGUUUCACUGCCGAUAUGGAAGUUCAUGCGACAUAGCUCCCCAGAGAUGGGUAGAAUCAUGAAUGAGACCCAGGCCCGAUUUGAGAGCCUUCAAGGGGAAAUCAAUGAGGCUAGGACGAAUGGUAAACACUACCCCUGGACACUACUCGCACGUCUUCACCCGAAGAAGUUCUACUCCGAUAUUUUCGAGGCUACCCUAGGCGCCAUUUGGGUUGAUUCGGGAGAUAUCGAAGUAUGCACAGCCUUUCUUCACAAGUUCGGCGUCUUGCCGUAUCUCGACCGAAUUCUCAGCGAGAAUAUUCAUGUUCAACAUCCUAAAGAGGAACUCGCCAAACUAGCAAUCGACCAGAAAAUGACAUAUGAUUAUACGGCUGUUGAUGGGCCUAUAAAGGAGUACCUCUGCACAGCCAAGGUUGGAGAUCGCGUCGUGGGAGUCGUGUCAGGGGCACUCAAUAAGGUUGAGGCAAUGACCAAGGCUGCCGAAGAAGGCGUGAAUCUUUUGAGCGCGGAGCAGAAACGUGCAGAGAAGGCAGCACAGGAUGAAGUGGCGCGAUUUCUUGUUGCCAUGGAACUCAACUAG